AUGUGUUGUGAAAAUAAUGUUAAAGAUUAUACUACUACUACUACUACUACUACUACUACUACUACUACUACUACUACUACUACUACUACUACUACCACUACUACUACUACUACUACCACUACUACUACUACUACUGUAGUGUGUGCUACUGAUGUCGACAGAUAUAAGUAUGAUUACAAUGAUGAUAUAAUUGAUAGGGAUACUAAUUAUAUUCUGAUUAAUAAUGAAAAAAGAAUACAUGAUAUAAUAAUGGAUCAUAAUACAAUAUUUGCAUUACAAUCUACUCCAUCUAUUGUUAAUAUUAAUAAAUUUAGUCAAUAUAAUUCAAGACUAAUGAAAACUGGUUAUAAACGGAUUAGACCAAUGUGUAAUGAAAUGAAUUUGAAGAAAAUGAAUCGUAUUGACAAUGAUGAUAAUGAUGAUUCUAUGGAUGAGCAAAGGAUUAAUAUUCCAAAUAAUAAUAUACAACAACAACAACAACAACAUCAUGAAGAACAAGAUGUCAUUACACAUCAAUCUGUACUACAUCGAAGUUUAGCUGAAUGUUUAAAACGUUUAUGUAAUGAAAUACAAAGUAAUCAUUUUCUACCAAUUACAAUGAAUACAUCACUUAAUACUGAUACAAUUAAUUCAAUUCACAAUGAUUAUUCAACUUGUAUAACUACACCUAUCAAUAUUCCUACUACUAAUACUAGUGUUUCAAUGUAUCCAACUCAAGCAUUAGACUUGAGUAUAACAUCGAAUAUUACAUUAAAUAAAAGUAUAUCCAAUGAUUCAUUGAAUAUAACUAAUACAUUCAAUAAGAGUUUAUCACCUUCACCAACAUUAUCUUCAUACUAUUCAUUAAAUAAUAAUAAUAAUAAUAACUUGAUUGCACUCACCUUAUCUUCCUCAUCUUCUGAUUCAUCUACUUCAUUGAUGUCAUCACUUUCAAAUAAUACUAUGCCACAACAAGAACAACAACAACAACAAAGAAACACAGUUAGUUUGACAAAUAUCACCAGUCACACUGAUUCACUUAUAAAUAGUUUAAAUUAUGACACUUCUAAUAAUAUUCAUACUAACGUUAGUAGUAGUAAUGAUGAUCACAGUCAACAACAAACUAUUCACUACGAUUCUCCGAAUAUUAUCAAUAACGCUCAAACAUUAUUAUUUCCUGGCCUUACUCCAACAAUUUUUAAUUUACCUCCAUGUUUAACUUGUACAAAUACAUUAACACCAAUAAAAUCAGUAACGGAUCAAUUAAUCAAUGAAAAAGGUGAACAAGACGAAAUAAAAGAAGAACUUUUUACAAAGAUUACUAAAUCAAUUUAUUUACAUCAAAAUGAAUUGAGUAAUAAUACUACUACUAAUAAUACUACUAAUAAUAGUAAUAUUAAUAAUAAUCCACCGGCUAUUAUAAAUAACAUAUUAAAUCCAACUGAAUUAAUUUUGAAUUACGCAACAAAUUAUUAUUUACAUGGAAAUCAUCAAUCAUUCAAUAAUAAAUGUUUAACAGAAGAAGAUAUUAUUGAAGGAGAAGAAGGGGAGGAUAUGAAAAAAGAUGAAAUUUCUACAUGUACUAGUCCUGAUGAAACAAUAUUAAAAGAAUUCGAUAAUGAACUAUCUUCAAAACGUAUUGAUUCAUCUGACAUGGAACAAUUAGACUUAAAAACAACUUCAUUAUGGUUUACAGAAUCCGAUAUACAUUCUGUACCAAAUCUAGUUGAAUCCAUUAAAAAAUACCAUUCAAAUGAUGAAUGUGGUUUUGAUGUAUGUCGAUCAUCUAAACUGAGAGAACAUUAUCAUUGUAGUAUAUGUAAUAAGAUUAUUCUACGACGUGAAGAAAUGAUAAGACAUGCUAAAUGGCAUAGAAAACGUGAAGAAAGUAUGCAAUAUGGAUUUAUGCGUUAUAGUCCAUGUGAUGAUUGUACUGUUAUUUCUUGUCCACAUAAUGGACGUCAAACACAUUAUCAUUGUAUGCAAUCAAAUUGUGACAAGGUAUAUGUCAGUACAUCAGAUGUACAAAUGCAUGCAAAUUAUCAUCGUAAAGAUGCUGUUAUUAUACAAGAGGGUUUUCAACGAUUUCGUGCAACAGAAAAUUGUGGUAUUACCAAAUGUCCAUUUUAUAAAGAAUGUACUACACAUUUUCAUUGUCGACGUAAUAAUUGUCACUUUACAUUUAAAAAUAAAGCUGAUAUGGAAAAACAUAAAGUACAUCAUCAGAAAAAUGAUAGAUUUGCACAAGAUGGAUUUCGUCGUUAUAUAAAAUGUGAAAAUUGUGAUUUUCCCGAUUGUCAAUAUUCUGGCGUAAUAAACCAUAUUCAUUGUAUUCGACCAGGAUGUGAUUAUGUAAUCCAUUCAUCUAGUCAAAUCAUGUCACAUAAACGAAAACAUGAUAGACGAUUUGAAUCAUUUUCACCGAAAUACAUAAAUAUGUUAUGUCAUGAUGAUAUCAAUCAAACAUUUUCUCCAUCUAAUCAAAACAACAACAAUAAUAAUAAUAAUAAUAAUAAUAAUCAUGAAGAUGUAAUCAAUAUUAAUGAAAAUAAAAUCAAUAAAAUUGAUUUCAAUCUUGAUAUCCAUACAAUUGAUUUAUUAGAAACAAAUACAUCGAUGAAUCAUUUAAAACAAUCAUUUUAUAAUGAAUUUCAAUUAUUACAAAAUGAUUUCAAUAAUAAUUUCAAUAAUUUAAUGACUACAAAUAAUUUAUUAAAUAAACUAUCAAAAUUUGUUGCUAUGUGUAUAUAUCGACGUGAAAAUUGGGAACAUAUAUUAAUAAAAAUCAAUAAUUUUGAUGAUCAUUUAAAUUAUGAACAUUUAUUAUUAUAUAAAAAAAUUGAUAAAAUUCUUAUCUCUAUUUAUCAAUCAUAUAAUCAAUAUUUAAAUAAAUGUUUUUGGCCAGGAUGUCAUUCAAAUAUUAAUAGUAAUAUGAUUGAUACUACCACCACCACUUCCUCCAUCACCACCACCACGGCCACCACCACUUCCUCCAUCACCACCACCACGGCCACCACCACUACUUCUACUACUACUACUACUACUACUACUACUACUAAUAAUAAUAAUAAUAAUAAUAAUAAUAAUGAUAAUAAUGAUAGUAAUGGCAAUAAUAAUGACGAUGAUGAUGUAAAACAAUAUGGAGACUCUUCUAAAACAUGGUGUAAAUAUUGGUUAUCUCAUUUAUGGGAAGCAUGUUUAUCAUUUUAUGCUUAUAUAGAAUGUAAUCAAUCAAAUUGCCCAAUUCAAUCCAAUAAUAAUAAUGAUAAUAAUAAUAAUAAUGAUCAUAUUCAUUGUCGUUUUUGGCCAAAAUGUAAUUUUAUUAAUUUAUCAAAUCAAUUAAAUUUCCAAAUAUUAUAUAAACAUUUUCUUUCACAUAAUGAAUAUUUAAUGACUAAUUCAUUAAAUGAUAAUCAAAAUCAAUAUCACGUUACUAUGGAUACAACAUAUAAUAAUUUAAUGAAUCCAAAACGUAGAGGUAGACCACCAAAAUAUGCUAAACAUAUUUAUGUACCACAUAUUAAUCCACCUGAAUAUUUAUGUAUAGAUAAUCAAUAUACUAUUGAUUUAACAUAUUCAAUGUUUUUUGAUCCGAUCGAUAAUAAUAUUGAUCAAAAUGUAUUACAUAAUCACGUUAGCAACUAUAACACCAUGUUAUUACGUAAUAAUAAUAAUAAUAAUAAUAAUAAUAAUAAUAAUAAUGAGAAAGAACAAAAUCAAUUUAAACAUAUAAAAUAUGCUAUAAAAUUAUUUUUACCUAAUGAAAUCUGUCCAGAUAUAAAUUGUCCUUAUUAUAUAACCCAUGAACAACAUUAUCAUUGUGUUAAACCAAGAUGUUAUAUGUCUACUAACAAAUUAGAUUUAAUUAAUAUACAUCGUCGUGAAUUUCAUCAACAUACUAUAAUAGAAAAAGGUUUUGAAUAUUAUGAUAUUAGUAUUGAUUGUCGUCGUCCAUUAUGUCAUAAUAAUAAAAUCAAUAAACAUUUUCAUUGUAUUUAUCCAAAUUGUGAUUAUACAUUUAUACGUUCUAGUACAAUGCAACAACAUUUAAAAAAACAUACAGAAAAUUUAAAAACGAAACAAAAUAUAAUCAAUAAAACACAAAAUAUAAAUCAAUCAAUUGUUGCUAUGGCAACAAAUACAUCAUCAAGUAUAGAUAUUAAUAUAAUGAAUAAUAAUAAUACAAAGUAUAAUCAUUCAAAUAAUAUACAAUCAAUGAAUUCAUUACAUCCAAUUGAUAUACAUUCUGAACAAUUAUUAUCUAUUCCAUUAUGUAAUCAUCAAAUGAAUAAUGAUAAUAAUGAUAAUGUGACAAAGAAGGAUUGUACAGAAGAUUCAUCAUUACCUAAUUUACAACCUAAUUGGACUGCUGCAAUGGUUACAAAUGUUAAUGAUGUGACAAUGGGAACGAUGAGUUCACCAGUGAAAAUAGAUUGUUCAUCUGAAUGUACAAAUGAAUGUUUAUAA